AUGAGGGUUGUGUGGAAUGCGGCAGCCCUUGCUCGCAAUAUGCUUUGGUGCGAAGGCGAAGUACGACUCAGCCCAGGAGAAGGCUCAGCAUGCGGAGGUUGGCUCAUGGCAGACGUGCGAGUCAUGGUCGCCCGAAGGCGGACUGGGACCUGGUUCAGCGGACCCUCGUUGCCACAUAUGCGAAGACGUAUAGCUUUCACUGGUCUCUGGCUGACUGGAAAUAUUCAGGAGCUCGGCUUCUACUUUCAUCUCACCCCCUCUCUCUCUCUGCCUGCCUGCCUGCUUGUGACGACAGCCUCGUUCGAUUGCAGGCACUUUGAUGAUGAUCAGGAGAAGUCUUCGGCCUUCGUGCAUCACCUACACAUGCUCUACGUUCGGCGUGGAUCAUCCGGCUCACUUCGACCCAGCAAAUCGCAAAUGGCAUCCGGAGGUUGGCAGCUGCAUCUUGUCGUCAUUGCCCUUGACAUUCCCACAGCUCUCCGCAGCAAGUGUUGCAGGGACGAAUCAUCUGCGUCUCCUCCUGAGGAUCAGGGAGUUAGUCAGUUAGUCGCUCAUGAUCCUGGCUGUGCUGCUAGUUUUGCAACCUUUGACCUGCUUGCGACAUAUUCUCCCAACAACGGCAGUGACCCGGAAUCCUUCGCAAGACGUGCUGCGUGGGACAAAGCAUUGAACGAGGCCGUGGUGCAAAGGAAUCGGCCGCUGCUUUGGAUUGGCGAUCUGAAUGUUGCCGCGGAACGCAUUGAUGUCACGCAUCCAGAUUGGUUCGCACAGCAGUGCUACCAGGGUGAACCAGCAGACAUGCGGGGCCAGCCUGGCUUCACUGAAGGUGAGCGACGACGCUUCAAAGAACUUCUCGUGACGGGAAAACUAGUGGAUGCUUACAGGCGGUUGCACCCCAGUGACGAUGUCCCAUCAGCGGCCGGACCCUAUUUCACUUGGCGAGGGCAUCCUCCUGUUCAUCAGACUGUGGCGAAAUAUCACGGGAAAGGCAUGCGCAUCGACUAUGCACUCGUGGCCGAGGAGAUGUUGACCCGCUUGGAGGCGUGUGACAUUCUAGGCCAGGGCGCGGACAGGAACGGCUUCCUCGGAAGCGAUCAUUGCCCACUCCGUUGCACUCUGCAAAAGGAGUCAUCGGCUGGAUCCGCUCCGAUCAUCGCAGCAGUCGAACAACCUUCCACUUUAUCGAGCCAGGAAGCUCGACUGUAA